AGCAAUGAGCGAACAGGAAUGGCGUGACCUUCUCGAAUCGCUCGUCGAGCUCCAAGAUGCCGUUGCGGAGGCAGAGGAGGAAAGCUUGCGUACUCGCGAGUACGUGCGUCGAGAGCACUUUCCGUUUCUCGACACACGCUUUCGCCUCUACGACGAGUACUUGGCGACUCGAAGGCCUCAGCAAUUCAUGCAGUUCGUCAGACUGCUUCCAAAUGAGUUUGAGGACUUGUAUGAAAGCAUAGGAGGAAGGCUCCAACACCCUUCCACGCACGCAGGCCCUAUCAAUGGCCGUCAGAGGCUGAUGAUCUACCUCAGAUUUGUGGCAUUUGGGGGAACCUUCGUCUCAUUCGCGCUAGCUGCUGGCUGUGGCAGGGAAACGGUUUCUGCUAUAGUAGCGGAGGUCACUGAUGUGAUUAUCGAUGAGCUACACGAAAUCGCCUUCCCCCCCUUGACGCGAGAGCGAUUGCAAGCAAUAGCUAACGCCACGCACGAUCGCUACGAUUACCCUAGAGCGGUCGGUUUCAUGGACGGCAAGCAUGUCCGAAUUGAGAAGCCCGCUCAUUCGGGGAGCAGUUACUGGAAUUAUAAGAAUUAUUACUCAAUAAUUCUGUUGGCAAUCUGCGACUGCGAUUACCGGAUUCUCCUCUACGACGUUGGAGCAGCGGGCCGAGCAGGCGAUGCCGGAGUUUAUCGCAGUUCGGCCAUAAAGGAGUUUCUUGAUGCCAACGACCACCUCUUCCCCCCCACCGAAGAUCUCGACCGUGUUGGGCCCGUACAAUACCAUAUCUUGGUAGACGGGGGAUUCGGGCAGGAUUUGCGUUUUGUGAGACCAUAUCGAGAUGCAGAAGCGGAUACGCCCGAAAAAAGGAGAUUUAAUAGCAGGCACAGCAGAGCUCGGCGCAUGAUUGAGUCAACGUUCGGAAUCUUGGCGCGCAGAUUUCAGAUUCUCAUGCAUCCAAUGCAAGUUGACCCUGCAAGGGCGGCUCGUAUAGUUAAGGCACUUCUGAUUCUGCAUAACCUCUUGCCAAGAAGGCAAGAUACGCAUGGAGGCCAGCAAGGCUCAAGCGAAGAAGCCCUUCACUCGGUUGAGCGGACGAUCGCCGAAACCGGGGCAAGUGCAGCAAAAACAGCUAGAGAGAGAAUCACUCUCUAUUACACACUCAGAGAUGGGCCCGCAGUAGAGUGACAUGCACCAUCCACAAAAUUUACUCCAGUCGUUUAAGUGGAUACAUACGAAGUACUAGUUACGUAUACAUGUAAACAUACUUUUGAAAGAAAGAGGUGCAAAUGAUAC